AUGACAAGUUUCGGAACUCAAAUCAAACAAGAUCAACUCAAAGAAGUGUUAGAAGCUACUGGCAAGGAUGAAUAUAUUGUAUUCUGCUAUGAUAGAUAUUAUUUAGGUGCUUCCAUGGAGGAGAUCGCUACUUUACUUGAUGUUGAAAUGCCAACUUUAGAACCACCUGUUUCACCCUUGGCUGUAUCUACUUUAUUAAAUACUGUGAAAGCAAUAUCGAAAUCAGCUACUUUAUCUCAUCAUUGUGAAGCUUAUUUAUCUCUCUUUGCCAAGUUUGAUUCAUAUAGUCAGUUGUUGAUGAAAAAUGUAUCUUCUCAUACUCUACUUGCAAAAACAAUGGUCGAGGAACAAAAAGCUCAGAGUAUGGCAUUGAAUGUUGCAGUCACCAACUUGGAAACUCAUAUUCAAAUCACUAAUCAAGGCGUACAAGAAUUUUACCUCAAGGCAGAAAAGGAACUGGACAAGCAAUCAGCCUUACUUGAUACGACGGAUAUCGAUUUGGACAUCCUACGCAGCAUUCAAAUCCAUCCCGAGUUCAUUGAUCAUACAAACAACUAUAAUGCUAUGGAAAAUGUUAUAUCUUUGGAAGGGAAAACGUCAUUGAUGGAUUUUGUAGAUAUGGAUCAAUUACAAACAGCACGACAGGAUACUCAAGAGCUAUGUCAAAAUCUGGCAAACGAUAUACAAUUCCUACGAUCAGUGGUGAUGGAACUCAAGGAAUACGAAGAUGACUUACGACAACAGAUAGCCAUUGAUCAUGACUUACAGACGCUGGAUACAAUGUUGAUGGAUAUUCAAGAAAUUCGGGAUAAGGCUCAAUUCCUUCGAGACAAAAUUAAGCGAGAUCUAAACCGGAUAUACAUUAAAAUUGCUGACUUGCUUCAGGUACCGUUAUCAUCACUAUUUGCGACUUUAUCACUUGAUGGAUCUACAAACGCCAGUACUACAUUCCCAUCUCAAUCGAAGAAGACACUUGAAGCAUUUUACCACUUGGCUGAAAUCCAUGUCAAUGAUUAUUUGUCCAAACUCAACUCAUACGAAGCCAUUGUACGACAACACAUCAACAAACUUUCUCAAUUAAAACGACAAUCCAUCCAGAAAUUCUUGAAAAACAUGAACACUGUUUCACAAUUACAAAGCGACAUUGCUGCCACCUCCCCUCGAUUAGAUUCAGCAAACAAAUCAUUGAUGGAUUUCAAAAGUAGAUAUGGAACAAGUUACCUGGAAACAAGUAGAGAUAUGUUAUUUGCUUAUGGUGCCUUGAUGAUUGAAGUUUUACGACGAAAAGAAUAUGCUUCUAUCUUGGUAGAAAAUGCCAAUCUUAUUGCUGAUAUAUUAGGUAGAUUCCGUGAACAAGAAGAAGAACGUAGAAACUUUUUCCGCCACGAUAUAGAGAAUACAUUACCAUUCAAAAUCACAACUAUCAAUGAAGCAGCACCUCAAUUCGAAAUCUCAACCAUCAAUACCUACGAUAGCAAAUCCCUUAUCACAAAGAAAGAUAUUAUAGAUUUUGUAUCUCUACUGGAUCGUUCUUACUCUCAGGCUAUGGGAAAUCAAAUGAACCCUGGUACUAAUCGACCAUCAUCGAAGAAUGCAAAGAACGACAGAAAGGGUUCCUUCUCGACGUAA